AUGACUGGCAAGAAUUCCACUUCUGUGACAGAAUUCUUUAUUUUAGGGUUAACAGAUGACCCAAUCCUUUGUGUCUUCUUCUUUGUGGUAUUUCUCGGGAUCUAUAUUGUCAUGUUACUUGGCAAUCUCAGUAUCAUAAUAGUGAUACAAAAGAGCUCCCAGCUUCACACUCCAAUGUACCUUUUCCUCAGCCACUUGGCUUUUGUGGAUAUUGGGCUUUCCUCAUCUGUCACACCUCUCAUGCUCAUGAACUUCCUUGGGGACAUAAUCUCAAUCCCUUUGCAAGGCUGUGUGGUCCAACUUUGUUCUCUAGUUGGCUUUGGGACAGCUGAGUGCUUUCUGCUGGCUGUGAUGGCCUAUGAUCGGUAUGCGGCCAUCUGUAGCCCCCUACUCUACUCCACUCACAUGUCCACCAGGGUCUGUAGUCUGUUACUCAUCACAUCCUACCUGGGUGGUUUUGUGAAUGCUUGGACCUUUGCUGGUUGUUUCCUGAAUUUGUCUUUUUGUGGACUCAAUAAAAUCAAUCACUUCUUCUGUGACUACCCACCUUUGCUGAAACUUUCUUGUUCCCAUGUUCCACUUGUUGAAAUUCUUCCUUCUUUCUCUUCAGGAUCAAUAAUUGUCAUAGCUGUUUUAAUCAUAACUAUCUCUUAUGCAUACAUCCUCUUCUCAGUCCUGAAGAUACGGUCCAUUGAGGGGAGAUCCAAAGCUUUCUCUACAUGUACCUCCCACCUUACUGCUGUUACAUUGUACUUUGGGACCAUUGCAUUCAUUUAUGUGAUGCCCAAGUCAAUAUAUUCAACAGAUCAGAACAAAGUGGUGUCUCUUUUCUACAGUGCAAUGAUUCCCAUGUUGAACCCCCUCAUCUAUAGUUUGAGGAACAAGGAAGUGAAGGGGGCCAUGAAAAAAUUAGUAGGCAUAAAACAUUUAUUUUUAUAA